AUGGUCAACCUGAACCAAAAGAAACUCUCUACGGAUAAGAAGACUUUUACCGUCGGCCCUGGGAACCGAUGGAAGGAGGUAUACGACUACCUGACGCCCUACAAUCUUGCCAUUGUUGGUGGACGAGCGGCAUAUGUCGGAGUCGGCGGACUCACGCUCGGCGGAGGUAUCAGUCACCACACCAACGAGUACGGCUUAGCUUGUGACAACAUUGCCUCAUAUGAGCUCGUCACCGCUUCGGGUAUCAUCCUUACUGUGAGCCAAAAGACUUUCCCAGACCUCUAUUGGGCCCUUCGCGGCGGCGGCAACAACUUCGGCGUGAUCACGGCGUUCAACUACGAAACCCUAACUCAAGGUCUUAUGUUUGCGAGCAAACGCCAGUACAACGCAACUUACGCGCCUGCCCUGUUCGACGCGUUUGGAAACACAGUUGAGGCAGCUGAGACCGAUACCAAGGCCGCCCACUUUGUUGCCGUCGCUUACUCUCGUGGCGUCAAGAUUGCAUCGACUGAGUACGAGUAUUUCGAGCCGGUCGACCCAGCGAACCCACCCGCUAUACUGAAGGAAUACCUCGCAUUGCCUCCACUCACCGACAACACCCGUAAUUGCAGUCUGGCCGACACAACCCCUGGUCUCAGCCAAAGCAUGCCAGACGGCUUCCGCACGACUAUGUGGUCCCAGUCCUUCAAGUUAAACACAGAGUUGAUGAAGCGUAUGACAGACCAUCUUUUCGAGAUCGCGCCGGGUAUCCCCGUUGGUUUGCCUAGUGUCACGUUUCAAGCCUUCAGCAAACCCGCCAUUGCAGCCAUGCAAAAAAAGGGCGGCAAUGCGCUGGGUCUUCGGCCAGAAGACGGCCCUCUAUUCCACGCCCUCUUCUACUUGUCUUGGACGGCCGAGAAGGAUGACAAGGUGGUCUUGAAAGCGGCGCAAGACUUCCUGAGCGCAUCGGUUGCCAUGGCGAAAGAGCUGGGUGCGUAUAAUGACUACAUGUACAUGCCGUAUAGUAGUCCUUAUCAGCCUGUUAUCUCGGGCUACGGUGCGGAAAACGUGGCUAGGCUGAACAAGGUCUCGAAAAAGUACGAUCCGAGCGGGGUGUUCCAGAACUUACAGCCUGGAUACUUUAAGCUUGAUGGAGCUGCGCCGUACGGCCAGGUUGUGUAA